AUGUCCUCAGAUGAAGAUUCUUUCGGCAAGGACCUGGAGUCACCAAAAGCUGUGGCAAGAGUAGCACAGCAACCGGCAAAGCCGUCGAAGGUCUGUUGGGCCGAUUUCAACAGUGAUGACAGUUUCUCUAUGCCUGUGCCUCCUAUCAAUCGUAGAACAGUAGUGAGAGGUGACACUACCUUCCCCAAGGUCGCGUCAGCCCCCCUAGAUGCGCAAGAUUCGUACCUCGAGCCGCCUCCGGCCGAUGCGAGCAAGCUGGCUGAUGGUGUUGCAGGCUUGAUGGCGGCUCCUGAGGAGAGUCGGCCGGCUGGGUUCGGCUUCCUGAUGAACAACACUCGUAUUGUUAUACCUGAGGACUCUAAAGGGAGUGUUACAACGUCCGACUUCCUCAGCAACUUGCCAGGACUGCUGGAAGACAGUAAGCGGCUCACAGCCAAACGCCUGUCCUCUUCGGUCUCGGCAUGUGGCGAAUUGGAGACAGCGAGCAAGUUCCGUAAACUAAGCGGUGGGAAGAGAGAUGCGACCAAUGGCCCGUCGUUCUUUCCUGAUCCUAAUGCUAACGGCCAUGUCGACCCGAUCUUCGGCAAAGAUCGCCCCGCGCACGUGGAAUGCUCCACUGAUAGCGCCAAGACGCCUCAAACUGAGCUACGUCGUCAUCGCCCUAUUCUGAGAGCCCGAAGGAAGACCACUGGAGGGUCCUAUACGAAGACACCACUGUCGGAGGUUCCUGCUACGGAGGAACAGUGGCAAGCACGGGCUGAGCAGCGGGCUAAACAAAUUGAGAUAGGCAAGAUGACAGAAAACUACUUAGCCUAUAGGGCCGCGGUUACUCCGACGAGACGGAAUCCAGGGGUGGACCCCAUAACACCAAACCCCAACGAGAGGGUCAGCAAAAGGGCGUUCGAUGCAGAACUUAAGCAGUGGAGGAAGAAACUGCACAGCAUUGAGGUACCUUCAGUGAAGGGAAGUGGGAGUACUGAUGAAGGAUAG